AUGACGGCCAUACACAAGAUGAAAGAGGAGCACCCUUUCGUAGAUAUAUUUAAUGAAGAUGAUGCUGAGAAAAACUUUAUGUUGUCGAAACCUGUUUGUUUUGCUGUAUUUGGAAAACCAGGUGUUGGGAAGACAACAUUGGCCCAUCAUAUAUCACAUACAUGGAAAUGUAUUCCUGUUGAAGUUUUAACAGUUUUGGAAGAAGCAAUUGCAUCUGAUACUCCAUCGGGAAACUUGUUGCAAGCCAUGUUAAACAGUGGACUCAGCAUUCCAGAUGAACUCAUCAUUAAGCUUCUGUUAGAGAAGCUCAACUCCCAGCAAGUGUCACACUUUGGUUAUAUAAUAACUGACAUACCAUCACCUUCAGAGGAUACCUUAACUAUUUCACAGCAGAUAGACUUCAUUAAAAACUUAAAAUUGAAACCUGAUAUUAUAAUUAAUAUUAAGUGUUCUGACCAUGAUCUAUGUGAAAGGGUUUCCGGACAAAGGCAGCACAGUCUUACAGGACACCUCUACACAAGAGAGCAGUGGGACCUUGACAUUAUUGGAAAGUUCAGGAAAAAGAAGAAAGAAAGCCUGAAAGAAACUAAAGGGGAAGAAGAAGGGGAAGGGGAAGAGGAAGAAGAGCAAGAAGAAGAGGAGGCAUUUAUUGCUGGAAUUCAGGUGGUGGCUGAAAUUCUUCAACAUUUAGUUCAGAGGCCUGAGGAUUACAUGGAAAAUAUUAUGUGGGCUGUCAAGCUUUUUAGGGAAACAACUCUUCCUAGUUUAGAGGAAGUAAUGGCUGGACAUAAUUCUCAGUAUCUAAUUGAACUAGAUGGAAACAGGCCCCCAGAGGAACUCUUCAUGGUCAUUAUGGAUCGACUUAAAUAUCUGAACCUAAGAAGAGCAGGUAUUAUAUCCAAACUUCAGAGUUCAGAGGAAGAAAUAAAUUACGCAUUGGAAAACGAAGAACUUCUCCGUACUCUUGCAGCUUAUAAACUUAUGGCACCAAGAUAUCGAUGGCAUAGAAGCAAAUGGGGUACUUGUCCAGUGUCCUUAAAAGCGGGUAACUCACUUUGUUUAUGAUUGUUGCUUAUUUUAAGUUUUCUAGGUAAAAUGUAUUGCCUUUCAUCAGAAGAAGCACUAAAGAAUUUUUUAUUGAACCCACGUCCCUAUCUUCUUCCACCUAUGCCAAGGCCACCCCUUAAAAUUUUUAUAUUUGGACCUCCAUCUUCAGGAAAAACAACACUUAGCUAUUUACUAGCAAAACAUUACAACAGACAGGUAGUUGACUACAACCAACUUGUUCAACCAUGUUUUGAUAAAGCCCGGGAAAUGUUAAUAAACCAGGCAAUAAAUGAAAUCACAGAAAAAGCUAUUGCUGAUGUGAAAGAAAGGCUUACUGAGCAACUAGAAGACAAAAAAGCAGUUGCUAAAAAAGAAUCUGAAAUGAAAAUGAACGUCCUAGAUUUCCCAGCCAGAAGCGGAGAAGAAUUACAAACUUCACUUAGCAACGUUUUAAAUGAUCCAUCCCAAAAUGAUGCAGUGGUGAAUGAAGACAAAAUAUCAGAAACUGACUUUGAUGAAGCUGAAUUAAUUCAAAACUCAAUAGAAGUAACUGCAGACCACCCAGAAGUUGUCUCUAUGAUAGAGGAGUCUAUAGAAAUAGCACGGAAUAUAAAUUUUGAACAACCAAAUGAAAAAUGUGCUGAAAUCUUAGCAGAAAUCAUCAAAGAAGCAGAAAAAGAAAACAAGAACAAGAAUUCUGAUGCUUCUAAAUAUGGGGGCUGGAUCCUGGAUAAUUGUCCCAUUAUAAAAGAACUGUGGUUUGAAUUCAUUGAUAGAGGAAUUAUACCUGAUUUGGUUAUAGUUUUAUCAAAUGUGGAAAACAACGGACAAUAUUUAUUAAAUAGAUUAUAUAUUCAGAAUAAAUCUAAAAUUGACUCCAAUAUUAUUGAAAGAUUAACAGAAGAAAUACAAAUGAAGAAAAAGGAAGAAGAAGAAGCAAAAAAGUUAGAGGAGUUACUGAAAAUAGAAGAAAAGAAUAAAAGUUUUGAAUUAAUGAAGAAAUCAAGAAGUAAAAAUAUUGACAUAGAAGAAGCAGAGGUUGAGACUGAAGGAGAUGCUGAAAAUGAGUUUGAUCAGAAAUUAUCUAAAACCCAGGUGACAGAUCAGGAGGCUAAGGAAACAAUACCAGAAGAGUCUGAACUGACUGAGACCCCUGAAAUGACCUUUGAAUCAGUAUCUGAACCUACUGAGAACACUAUAGUUGAAACAGAAAUUCCAAAAGACUCCAAGGAAGACCUGGAAAUUGAAGAUCAAAACGUUACAGUUGUGCUACCUGAAUUUCCAGAAGAUGCUUAUCCUGAUGUACCUGAAAUGGACCCAUUUAAGGAUAAACUAAAAUACUUUAAUAAUGUCUGGAAACUUAUGGAAACGGUGAUAUUAGAGACGGUUCAACUUUUAAACAUAGAAAUCGCUAACAAAACUCCAGAGGAACUAUUACAAAAAGUUGUUGAUACACUAGAAAAACCUUUCCAAUAUGCUGGAUGGGAGUUAACUAUGGAAGAUUAUGAUGAAGAAACAGAAGACUAUCAGGCUGAAGCAGAAGCUGAUGAUGACGUAGAAGAAGAGGAGGAAGAAGAGGAAGAAAAUGAAGAAAAAAUUAAAGAGAAGAGAAGACAUUUGGGAGAUUCAAAGCAUUUUUGUCCCGUGGCUCUCAAAGAACACUUUGUUCUACAGCCAGGCAACACAGAGGAUGCAGUGAAGUAUCGAGAGAAGAUCUACUACAUGUCAAGUCCUGAAGCAAAAGAAAAGUUUUUGGAACAUCCUGAGGAAUAUGUGGCUCAAAAAGAACCAUUAAAGGCUCCUCCAUUAAGAAUAUGCCUGCUGGGCCCCCAUGGCUCAGGCAAAACUGUCUGUGGAAGAAAAGUGGCAGAAAGAUUUGGCAUUUUUCACAUUCAAUUUGAAGAAUUUCUUCAAGAAAAAAUAAUGCUCAAAACUGAAAAAAGAAUUGGACCAGAAUUUGAGGAAGAGUCUGAGGAUGAACAAGCUUCAAAACAAGAAAUUGAAGAGCUUUCAGCCCAAGCUCAGAUUACAAUUAAGGAAAGCAAUACAAAGAAGCCAAAGCCAAUAAAUAUACAACUUACUGAAGAAGAAGAAGCAAUCAAGGCAAAUCUAAUGGAAAAUGAUGCAUUGCCUCCUGAGAUUCUUGAAAAAUUCCUCUCUGAGUGGUGGUUUAAGGAACCAAUACGUUCCACAGGUUUUAUCUUAGAGGGUUUCCCACGAAAUUCUGAGGAAGUCCAGAUUCUGGGAGAGCAUGGUUUUUACCCAGAUGCUGCUGUUUUUUUACAAGUUGAGGACCAAGAUAUAUCUGAUCGACUUCUUUCUGAGCAAAUCAACAAAUGGAAAACGAAACAUAAAAAGAAACUAGAAAGGAAAAAUCUAAUUAAAGAAUUGAAAGCAAAAAUCAGGAAUGAUAUGAUUUCUAAAAGAAGGGCUGAACUUAUAGCAGAGAGAGACAAGAAAAGGAAAGAGGAACUUGGUAAAGAUGAUGAUGAAACAACUGAGGAAGAGCCAGACAAUGAGGAGGAUGAUAUUGAAAAUAUCCUAGAAGAUGAGUUUCCAAAAGAUGAGGAAGAUUUUAAUGAGGAAGAAGAAGAACAGGAAUCUGAAGCAAUUGAACGCCUGAGAAUUGAAUUAGGAGAAAAGUUUGAGCUAGAUAUGAGUAAUAUGCAAAGCAUACAGGAUGAAUUUGAGAAGCUUAUGAUACCAGUAAUUCAUGUUAAUGGAUCACGAAAAGUCCGCAUAGUUGAAUACAUCUUGAAUACAAAACUGAAGCCACUGGUAGAAAAUCGGGCAAGCAUUUUUGAGAAAUGCUAUCCAAUAUCAUCACAGCUUGCCCAGAAAAUGAUCAAUUUUACCUACAAGUAUAUCAGUACAUUUGGCUAUUGGGACCCUGUGAAGCUAAGUGAAGGAGACACAAUAAGACCUGUUGAAAAUGUAGAGAAUCCAUUGUAUCCUGUAGUCCAUCGUCAGUAUAUUUAUUUUUUAUCCAACAAGAAAAAUAAAGAAAAGUUUAUGAAGAAUCCAAUCAAAUAUAUCUGCCAACCAGAGCCUAAGCCUACUAUACCCAUUAGAAUUGCAAUUGUGGGGCCUCCAAAAUCUGGUAAAACUACAGUUGCUCGAACUUUUUCAAAGGAAUAUGGUUUAAAGCGUCUGUCUAUGGGAGAUGCUUUGCGAUAUAUAUUAAACCAACAGUCUGACACAGAGCUGGCACUUGUGAUAAAAUGGCAUUUAUAUAAAGGAGAGACAGUACCAGAUGAAUUAGCGAUUCAAGCCCUAGAAAUAUGUCUAAUGGAAAGCGUCUGCAACACUGCAGGGGUUGUUAUUGAUGGAUACCCUGUCACUAAAUAUCAAGUGAAUGUCUUGGAAACCAGGUCGAUCAUCCCCAUGAUCAUCUUUGAGUUAGAUGUGCCUUCCAAAGAAAUUUUUAAAAGAUUGAUGCUAGCGAAAAAAAAGGAGCCAAGUAAUCUACCCUACCCAUUGCACAAUAGUGCACACAUCACAGCUGUCAAGAAUACAAAGUAUCACAAAAUUAUUCUUGAUAUUAAGCAAUUUUAUCAAGAACAGCACCAGAACUGGCAUGUAAUUGAUGGAUUUCACAGUAGAUGGUGGAUAUGGAAUGAAGCCACAAAAGUCACUCAAAUGAUGAAUAAAUAUAUACAGACAUACCUGGGAAGAAUAAAGGAAGGAAAGGCUGCCCUCAUUGACAAGUUAUGUAUUUCACCUCAAGAACUAAUUUCUCGACUGGGUGAAUUUGGACAAUUCUGCCCUGUCAGUUUGGCUGAAUCUGGUGAAUUAGUUGACUGCUCUCAUACAAACUCACUGGAAUUUACAGCAGAAUUCAGAGGGCACUAUUAUAAAAUGAGUUCUAAAGAAAAUCUGCAAAAAUUUUUGGAGAACCCAGAACUAUACAUUCCUCCAUUAGCUCCUCAUCCACUUCCUUCUACUGACAUGAUCCCCAAGCAGCUGACGCUGUCAGAGCUAAAAAAUCGAUUUCCAAAGUCUGCUGAACUGCAAGGCUAUUGUCCAGUGACUUAUCAGGAUGGAGAGCAAAGAUAUGAAGCCCUGGUACCUGGUAAUGUUAACUAUGCUGUUGAGUAUUGUGAUCGUAUAUAUCUUUGUGAAACUAAGGAGAAACUCCAGAAAUUUAUGAGGCUGCCUCAGAAAUACUGGAAUCAAACAGUUCCUAACAAACUCCCCCCUUUAAAGGAACCAAUAUCACUUACUAGUCUUCCUUUACCUGGAUAUUUGGAACAGGGCACUGCCACUUCUCUAAUUAAAGCACUGAAUGCAGCAGGAUGCUUAAAACCCAAAUAUCCCUUCUUAAGUGUAAAAAGAUCUGUGCUACUAUAUAUAGCAUUACAUCUAAAAGCCUUUAAUCCUAAAGGUUCAGAAUAUUCAAGAAAAAGGUAUAAAAAGAAGAUGGAGCUGUUUGUGGAAAAAUGUGAACUCAUCACAUACCUGAAUUCCAAGAUGACUAAAAAAUACAAGGAACCUGAGUUUAGACCCAUUGACUUUGAUUAUAAGUUAGAGACCUUUAUGUCUCUUAGAAAAAGAGACCCUGUAAAUGACAUAGAUUGA